ACUUGUGGCUGCUUUUUCUUUCAGCUCCUCCGUGCAUCAGAUUUGUCAUGGGUGAAACAGAGCCAAUCUCUCUAAGCAAGGAUGAGACUACUCUUCCUGGGGUGAAAAAAGUCCUUCUUGUUCUCUCUGGAAAAGGGGGUGUUGGUAAAUCCACGGUGACUACUCAAUUGGCAAGAGCUUAUCAAUUGGCUGGAAAAAAGGUGGGUGUACUCGAUAUUGACAUUUGUGGUCCAAGCAUCCCCAAGUUACUCCAUGUUGAAGAUCAGGAAGUUCACCAAUGCGAUGCUGGAUGGGUACCGGUGUUCACGGAUGUCAGUCAAAAUCUAUCGGUCAUGUCCAUCGGAUUUCUUCUGGCUAAUUCGAGUGAGGCGGUGGUUUGGCGGGGUCCGAAGAAAAAUGCCAUGAUCAAGCAGUUUCUCACAGAUGUCCAUUGGCAAGACCGGGACUUACUUAUCAUUGACACGCCUCCAGGCACGUCCGACGAGCAUAUUACUGUGAUGGAGACGCUGAAAGCCUCAAAUGUUAAAGUCGAUGGAGCAGUGGUGGUGACCACGCCUCAAGCCGUGGCAUUGGGUGAUGUGCGCCGCGAGCUAACGUUUUGCCACAGAACUGGCUUGAAAGUGGUGGGCAUCGUGGAAAACAUGAGUGGUUACGUGUGCCCGAAUUGCUCGGAUUGUAGCAACAUAUUUUCCAAAGGUGGUGGAGCUGCGUUGGCCGAAUCAAAAAAUAUUCAAUUUUUGGGCGCCAUUCCAAUCGAUCCGAAGCUGGCCCAAUCUUGCGAGGAUGGAGACAACUUCUUGGCGAAAUUUUCUAAUUCUGUCACCGCUCAGAAAGUGAAAGAGAUCGUUGAUGCGAUUGAACACGUUUUAGACGGAGAAUAAAUAGAUCCUAACAAGACCAGCAGGCCCUAUGAUUGUUCAAUCA